AUGUUUUGCUGCUGCGCCGCGGAGCCGGGCCCGGCGAAUGAGAUGCCGUUUGGCGGCAGCGAGGAGAAGUUCCGGGAUGCCUUCGUGAAGACCGCGCCAGCGAUGGCGUCGCCAGACUUCAUCCCAGAUGUAUUCGAGGUGAAGCUGAAGGAUGGGUCCCAUGGCAUUGUCAUUGAUGUCACCGACCCAGACUGCACCAUUAUCAAGAAUCUCCGUGCUGAAGGUGGUGCCGCAGAGUGGAACAAGACAGCCUCUGAAGGGAAAUGCGUCAAGGAGUUCGACCGCGUUCUGGAGGUGAAUGGCGUCCGUGGAUCCAGCGUGGAGAUGGCGAAAGCACUGGGCUCUGACAAUGAGCCUCUGACGCUCACCUUGCAACGCCCUGAGGAGCGAACUGUCAAACUGCAGAGGCCUGGUGAGAUUGGGGUCGUGCUGAACUACAAGAAGCUCGGCUCCAAGGCCCCGUGGAUCACCAAGAUCAGUCCCGGCCUCCUCACCCGGUGGAACGAAGACAUGCCCGACCAGGCCGUGGGCCUUCAUGACCGCGUGAAGUCGGUGAACGGAGUGACGGGAGCGCCAGAAGACCUCAUGAACGGCAUCAAGGAUUCCAAAGAAUCGUUGGAACUCUGCGUGCUGCACUACGGCUUCGGCUUCUGA